AUGGGGUCUUUUGUCAGAGGUGCAGCCCUGCUCGGCCUGCCACGCAUUGUCACUGUGAGUGAGGACGCAGCUCCAGGCACCCUCGUGGCCAAGGUGACCCUGGCCUGCAGCAACGUGAGCAGCAACCCCAGGGUCACGCUGGCCCGUGUUGAGCCUGGCAGUCCGUUCGACCCCAACGUCACCCUGCACAGUGUCGAGCCUGGUGAUCCCUUCAACCCCAUCGCUAUUAGCACCAACAACACGCCUGCCUCCACGUUUCAGGCUGAGAUCACACUGCGGGCUGGUGCAGCACUUGAUGCCCAGCGGGUGAACCAGUAUGUGUUGCUGCUGCGGCUUGCCUGCAACAGGGAGGAUGAGGCUGAAGGGCAGCUCUUCAUCAGGGUGAUGGCAGCGCAGGAGCUCCACUGUGCUGCCAAGUUUACCAGCAUAGAAGGAGACAUGGUGCAGGUCCCAGCAGAUGUGGCGCCCCGGACACCGUUAUAUACCGUCCUGCAGCCCCCUCAGCGAGGGGCAAUUUUCUACCUCAAAAACAAUGACACACCACUUAUCCUCACUGAACGGGGCACGGUGCUGGCACCUGCCAGUGGCUUUGACCCCAGAAACAGCACCCAGGUGUUCAGACUGGAGAUUGUGGUGACAGACAGGAAGGGACACAACUGCAGUGGGACCGUGACAGUGGAAGUGCUGCCACUGCGCCGUCCCCAGGUCAACUUCAUUGAGCCGUUGCGGGCUGUGACAGUGCCAGAGGGCACGGGCCCCUUGGAGGUGGUCACGCAGGUCCGUGCCAGUGGUGACAAGGUCCGCUAUGUCAUCCUUGCUCCAGUGGCACCAGCACUCUUCACUAUUGAUGCAGUGACUGGUGAGAUCCGCAGUGCCCACCAGAUAGACAUGGAGCACUUCCCGCAGGCAGCCCACACCCAGCUGCUCGUCCAGGCCUACAACAUGCUGAACCCUACAGACCACGCCACCAUGACACUCAACAUCACUGUGCAGAGGACAAACCAGCAGGCACCACGCUGCACCCCAGCCCUCUAUGUGUCCCAGGUGCCUGAGACAGUGCCCCACAGCAGCACCCUGGUGAUGCUGAGGUGCACAGACCCCGCCAAUGCCAAUGGCUCUCUGCAUUAUGCUGUGGAGGGUGCCCCAGCCUCACACUUCCUCUUCCGCAUGGAGGGGCCACAGCUGCAGGUCAAUGCCACCCUGGACUAUGACUCGGAGGCUGCAGCUGCCGUGGGUUUCCAGUUUGCAGCCACAAUUGUGGUGACGGCAGGAAGUCAGCCCUCACGGAGCACCCACGUGCCUGUGCUCGUGACGGUGACGCCUGUGAAUGAAUACACACCGGUGUGCCCUAAUGACACAGCCUUCACAGUGCUGGAGACUGCAGCUUUCGGCACUGCUGUGGGGCGCAUCGUGGGCACUGACCGCGACUACCCACGGGACAGCAUCAAGUACAGCCUCGAGGGGGGUGUGGGCUCUGCCCAGCCCUUCUCCAUUGAUGCACACACUGGCAAGAUCUAUGUGGUGGGGUCCCUGGACUAUGAACGACAGAAGAACUACAGGCUGACGGUGAGGCUGACAGACAGCCGCAAUGACCUGGACCCAGCAAACCGGCGAAGCUGCCUAUGUGAUGUGGCUGUGCACCUGCAGGCCGUGCUCAGUGAGGUGCCAGUGUGCACACCCGAGGUGCAGGAACUGCGGAUCACGUCUAAGCCAGCCACCCGCCAGCCUGUGACCCGCCUAGCAUGCCAGGGCAGCCACAACAGUGCCACACUGUCCUAUGCCAUCAUCAGAGGCAAUGAGGACAGGCAUUUUCGGCUGGAGGGGAACACCCUUUUCCACGUCCCCAAUGGCCUUGCUGAGCCCCGCACCUUCGUGCUGCUGGUGGAAGUAUGGGGUGGUCCUACUGUCCCACACCGCAGCACCACAGUGAUGUUGGUGGUGCAUGUCAUCCCCCGGACCACCACGGUGCUGCCCAGGACCACAGCCCAGCGCAUGACACUGCGGAAAGAGCCACUGGUCAUCACACGGACAGAGGCAACCUGGAACCCACCAGCCUGGUUCGUGACAGCAUUAACUGUCUCCGGUGCCCUGCUCCUGGCUGCCCUGGGCUGCAUGGCCCGAACCUUGCUGCAGAGUGCCCAAGACCGCAGCAAGCUGUUCCUGGGGAAGAGUGCAUCUCCUCGGAUAGCCAAUAAGAAGCCGCAGCCCGAGGGGAGGCGGAGUCGUUGA